AUGGCCAGCGACUACAGUUACAGCACCCUGCUGAAGCAGAAGCUGAACUGCAGCGCUGACUACAGGAAGGUACCAACUCUGAUUGAAGAUGCCUUUGGAGAAAUUAAAGGUACAAAACACAGCAAUGUUCUCUCUGUUAUCUGCACAGUGGAGUUACCCAAACCCAGCAUCACAAGCAACAACUCCCUCCCCGAGGAGCACAAGGACCCUGUCGUGUUAACGUGUGAACCUCAGACUCAGGACACCACCUACCUGUGGUUGAUCAACAGUCAGAGUCUCCCAGUCAGUGCCAGGCUGCAGCUGUCCAAGGACAACAGGACUCUCACUUUACUCCCUGUCACAAGGAAUGACACGGGACCCUAUGAGUGUGAAACCCGGAACCCCGUGAGCGCUGGCCGCAGUGACCCAUUCACCCUGAAUGUUGUCUAUGGCCCGGACGCCCCCACCAUUUCCCCCUCAGACUCCCAUUACCUACGUGGGACAAACCUCAACCUCUCCUGCCAGGCAGCCUCUAACCCACCUGCACAGUAUUCUUGGCUUAUCAAUGGGAGUUCCCAGCACCCCGCACAGAAGCUCUUUAUCCCCAACAUCACUUCAAAUUAUAGUGGAUCCUAUACCUGCCUUGCCCAUAACUCUGUCUCUGGUCUCCAUAAGACCAUAAUCAAGACUAUCACAGUCUAUGAGCCCGUGGGGAAGCCCGCCCUCCGAGCCAGCAAUGCCACAGUCACAGAGCAUAAGGACCAUGUGGUCCUGACCUGCCUCACAAAUGACAUGGGGAUCUCCUUCCGGUGGCUCUUCAAGAACCAGAUUCUACCUCACAAGAACAGGAUGAAGCUGUCCCAGGACAACAGCGUCCUCACCAUAGACCCCGUCAGGAGGGAGGACGCUGGGGGUUUUCAGUGUGAGAUCUUCAACCCCAUCAGUUCCAGCAAAAGUGACCCUCUCGAGCUGGACGUACAAUGUAAGUGACCCCUUGCCCCAUCC